AUGUCUGUUCUCAAAUCCAGGCUUUCUCCUCACUUCCGGUUGAGGGUACCGUUUGAGAGUGGAAAGUAUGGCUCUCGAUGGUCCAACAAGGACCUUGACCCGAUUCCUCCUGCAGAAAGGACAUGGGGCGGCAUCGACUACUGGGCAUAUUGGUGCUCUGAUAUGCUCGCCCCUCCUCUCGCGGCUACGGUUUCUAGUGUGAUGAGCUUGGGCUUCACUGCUAGAGAGACAAUCCCCAUUGUUUUCUUUGGAUUCCUCAUCUGUAGUGUGGUGAUUACUUUGACAGGCAAGAUGGGUUCUACCUACCAUGUCCCGUUCCCUGUCAUUGUUCGAUCCGUUUUCGGGAUGUACGGGUCGUUUCCUGCUAUCUGUAUUCGAGCAUUUGUCGCUCUUAUGUGGACUGCGAUCCUUACCGUCCAAGCUGGAAACUUCCUCCAGCGCUGCCUUGAAGCCAUUUGGCCUAGUUUCAUAAGCUUUCCAAACCAUCUUCCCGAAAGCGCGGGUAUUGAUUCCGCCGGCUUGCUUUGCGUGUUUCUUUAUUGGUUCAUGCAGACAGGGCUUGCUCUUAUGCCUAUCCAAAAGCUUCGAAUCUUGUUCUGGGUCAAAGGUGUAGUCGUGCCCCCGACUUUCCUAGCUUUGUUCCUAUGGGCCGUCAUUGUCACUAAGGGUGGCGGACCACUUGUUACCGGCAAGGUUGAACUCACUUCUACGUAUAUGAACACCGCCUACUCGGCCUUGACGGGUCUGAAUGUCAUGAUUGGUCUUUUCAGCUCCCUUGCUGUCAAUAUGCCUGACUUCGGACGAUUUUCGAAGAACAAUCUCGCAGGCGGUCACCAAUUUAUGGCGCUUCCGAUUAUUGGAACGCUGGGUGCCCUCACUCCUAUUUUUGUCACCAGUGCUCACUCGGUAUUGUGGGGCGAAUUCCAAUGGUACAUGCCUUUGGUCAUCGCGAAGUUCGAUAGCAGAGCUGCUAAGUUUUUCACCGCGGCCAGCUUCAUCCUGGCAACAAUUGGCAACCAGAUCGCCGCUGGAACGUAUCCAUUCUCCAACGACAUCACGGGAAUGGCGCCCAAGUACAUCAACAUCUUUCGGGCAACUUGCUUCAUCUCCCUUUUCUGUAUAAUCUCAACACCAUGGAAUAUCAUCAAGAACGCCUCUGGACUUCUUGCAUUCCUCUCCGGUUACUCUUGCCUCAUGGGUCCUCUUGCUGGAACAAUGGUCUGCGACUACUACAUCAUCAAGAAGAGGAAACUCGAUGUUGAUCAGCUUUAUACCGACCGCGGUAUCUACUGGUAUGAACAUGGCGUUAACUGGCGUGCAUACGCCUCUUUCAUAAUCGGCUUCGCCCCGCUUAUGCCAGGAUUCGCUAAAUCCAUCGAGAACACUCUUAAUGUGGGAGGCGCCUGGAAGAUUUAUACUUUUGCCUGGAUUUUUGGAUUCACGCUUUCCUUCCUGGUGCAUUAUGUUAUCUGCACCUACAUCUCUGUCCCGACCGAAUCCCUCGUCGAAGAGGCUGCGUAUCCACCAAAGACCAGUGAAGAGACAACCCCUGUCGUUAAAGGAGAGGACACCGAUUCCAAUUCUAAUUCCAAGGAUGGCUAUGUCACGAAGGAGAAGGAGAUUGCGACUAUGGUUUGA